CUUCACCCAAGUCGUUAAAUAACUCGCGACACACGAAACGGCGCUCUCGCUCUUCGUACCAGGAGGCGCCUUUAAAUUCCCUUUCACCCCAAAGCCGGUCUUUCUGCGUCACUCGGCGAAUCCGACGGAGUGAGGGGGAAGCAAAAGGCUCCAAAACAAGAACUGAUGGAUUUUUUGUUCUCCUGAUUGGACGCCAUCUUUUGGCCUUUUCCCAUUGAAUUAACCGUUACGGCAUGUUUCGGUGAUCUCGACGUCGGGCUGAUUUGAUCUAGUUGGACGAAUCCUUCGUGGAGCUUCAUAUGAUAUCGAUCCUUGACUCGAGAUGGCGUAGCUCUGUGUGGGAUUUUGAAGUAAAUAUUGGCCGAUGUCGUUGCCGAAAGAAAUAGUUCGUAGCGUGGGCCAAUUAGGGUUAUGGAUUGUGGGCACGGGGACGAUCAGAUAUCCUGAUCUUUUUGUUGUUGGAUCUUCUUGAGAGAUUCAGAGAAGGAUGCAAAGCAAGACAAAAAGUUUUUUCUAGUAGAUUUAUGGAAUCUAUUGCAAAGUUUAUAAAGAGUUUGUUGAAUUUAAACUGAUACAACAACCAGUGGAAAGGCAAACUUUAAACAUUGGACUAUCGAUCCAGUGCCUUCGAUUCUUGAAAUUUUGAAAGUUUGAUGAGCAGCAUGUGGUAUUCUUUGAUCAAACCUCCAUUAACAUAAAGGAACAGGGAGAAGAAUUUGCUGAGUCUUUAUUGUACAAGAAGUGUGAAUCCUUCAUAUUGCCGUUCAGAUGCUCAUGCUCAUCCAUUCGUGCUGAAUGGAUAAACUUGUUGAAUUAACUUUGUCUUAGAAUAUAUGGGGUGGGUAUCAGAUUUGCUUAAGGAUAAUGAGUCAUGAAGGUGGUGCUUUGAUUGUUGUCAUACUUCUUUUUUCUUUAGGCAGUGAGUUCUGCCUCUCAUCUAAUGGUGCAAUUUGUUGUGCUGGAGGGCUAGCUAAAUCUCAAUCAGCUACUGAUAGAAUAUUGGGUCCACCCAAGAAGUGGAACAUAGGCCAGUUAUCAAGCCAAAAGAAAAGACAAUGGUCAUCAAGUCCUGAACUUAUAGCAAUGGAAAACGAUGUCAGCAAUUCUCAUUCCCUAGCAAUGAACAAUUCUUCAUGCCCCAUUAUUAUCAAUGAUGAUGCCAAGUUAACGGAGCAAAAUGCCAAUAAUAUUCCAUUUAUCAACCAAGGUGCUAUAGCCUGGAAUCAGACAAGAAGGGAGUGGGUUGGUGAUCGGUCAAAAAGGCCCCAUAGACCUCCAAGAGAACCAACAAUAAGCUGGUGUGCAACCUACGAGGAUUUGCUCUCGACCAACCAACCUUUUUCACAACCCAUCCCAUUAUCGGAGAUGAUAGAUUUUUUGGUCGACAUAUGGCAGGAGGAAGGACUUUACGAUUAGAUGGAGACUUAGUUGCACCGAAAUAUUUUGCUAGUAUGGAAAUAAGUCUGGCUUCUCAUUCGUCUAAUUCAGUGGGGGUAUAUUCUGUCUAAAGAAAAAUGUAUCGACAUUGCCAUGUGACCCUUUGACACUGAAUCUUAUUUGGUGAAAAAACAGAAACAGUGUACUCACCGUAUUAGCACUCUUCGUUUCAUGGUCUGCA